AUGAAAACUCAGAGCCUCACAGGGGCAGCGGCCUUGCUGUUGGCCCAGGCGUCUGUGGCGUUUGCAGCCCUACCCUCGAACAAGACAUCAUGGCAGCAAUACGUUGUCUCUCCGCAAAGCCGGAAUAUCGUCCCCGCCUCCAUCUUGUCGCAUAGCGGAAAUGUUUCCAACGCCGAUGUACUCGUAUCUGGAGGCGGAGUCGCGCGAUUGACGCGUGCAGAGCUGAAUACAACAUAUCCUUCCUGGCCCUCUGGAACGAACGCGAAAGCCUCAUCUGAGGCCGCGCCGAAUACAGACGGUGGCGUGACGCGCACGUACAACGCCAGCAAUGCUAUUGAUGGCAAUCUCAAUACCUUCUGGAACGACAACACAGAAGGCCAAUACCCAGACAUCUUGACCAUCACCAGCCCAUCCAAAGUCGUUCUCGACGGAGUCACUCUCGAGAGCAGUUCGGAUGGCGUUCCUGAGAGCUUCACUGUCGAGACCUGGGAUGGCUCCAGCUGGACCCAGUCCGGCUCCAUCACUGGCAACAAUGCGACCCGGUGCCGCGUACCCUUUUCCCAGAAUGUCACCACAGAUCAGGUCCGAGUGAACGUGACCCAGGACCAAGAAACCUCCAAGGGCGUAUACACGCGCAUCACCGAGUUGUGGCCAGCCCUCGUCGCCGACGAUCCGGCCGUGCCUGAAAUCGUCCUCGACUUUGGCCAGAAUGUGGUUGGCUUUCUCGAAAUUGAUUUUGCUGGUGGAUCGACCAAUACUCCUGGAAUCAAACUCGCCUUUUCCGAGACCCUAGUUUAUUUGACCGACGUCUCUGACUUUACCAGAUCAGGCAAUGGAGAUGCUAUCACUCCCGGGACAGACCAAAUCGCCGUUAAAUCUACACCAUACAAAUGGACGGACACGAACGGAUGCGCCUACAAUGAUAGCCAGGUCUGUGCUGAUGGGUUGCAUGGAUUCCGGUAUCUGAAAAUUAGCUUGGAUGCUCUCGACUCAGACUCGCCACACACCAGCCCAUCGGGCUUUGUUGAUAUCAGUUCAGUGUCCCUCAAUUUCACAGCAUACCUAGGAACUCUUUCCAGCUACUCGGGCUGGUUUGAAUGCUCCGAUGAGCAGCUAAACCAGUUCUGGUACGAUGCUGCUUAUACCAACGAAAUGGUCGUUGAUGACUUCCUCGCCGACACAGUCGACCCCAGAGACUCGGCGAGCCCAACCCUUUUGGGCAAAACUGUCAUCUACGACGGCGCUAAACGAGACAGAGAUCCAUAUGUUGGCGACAUUGCAAUCUCUGGACGAACAGCAUACCUGAGCCACGAGGACGUGAGCACUGCAGUGGUAAAUGUCCUUGCGGAUCUUGCUGAGCAUCAGUCGGAUAGCGGCUGGAUUCCGCCAGCGUCCAUUAACAACUAUGGCCUGCAUCUGUUUGAUUAUCCCUUGUACUGGGUGACCAGCAGCUGGGAUUAUGUUCUAUACACCGGUGACGUUGAAUACGCGACUACUUACUACCUCGAGUUACAAAACGUGUUGAAUACCUGGUGCCCAUCAGUGACUGACGACACAACGGGCCUACUCACCAAAAGCAAGUACUACCACGACUAUGCCUUCCUGGAGCGAUACGGCAUUGUAACCUACUACAACGCGCUAUAUGUCCAAGCCCUUCAAAGCGCAGCCAAACUCGCUAACGCCACCAACCAUACCAGCGAUGCAUCCGCCUGGCAGCAGCGAGCAGCCACUGUCUCGCAAGCCAUCAACGACCAUCUAUGGGACGCCAGCGUGGGCGCCUACCUCGACGACUCCACCGACACCACACGCCACGGCCAAGAUGGCAAUGGCAUUGCAGUAAUCACGGGCGUUGCCAAUGCCACACGAGCCCAGUCUGCGCUGGACUACCUGGCAGACAAGACCGCACUGCCCUACGGAAACGCAUUCAUGGAUAAUGAUUCUCUGCUAGCCGGCGGCUCAGAGCGAGUCUACGCUUUCACCUCUUACUUUGACAUCCAAGCUCGCUUCCUCACCAGCAACGUGGACUCUGCGCUAGACGAGAUUCGGCGCUUGUAUGGCUGGAUGGCCGCCAGUGAUCCCGGUAUCACUUUCUGGGAAGGCAUUGGAACCAACGGAUCCGCGUACGAAGAUGCAUACACAUCCAAAGCACACGGCUGGUCCACGGGUGUGCUGCCCGCACUGACAAACUAUGUCCUUGGCCUGACGCCCACCGAGCCAGGAUACCAGCGUUUCGCCGUCAACCCAGCUUUCCCUCAAAAUAUCACUUGGGCGAGAGGGCAAGAAGCGACGCCGUACGGAGAUGUUUAUCUGGAAUGGUCGACCGCGGAUAAUGGGACCGCGACGAUCUCGCUUACGGCGCCAAAGGGCACGGUGGCUGAUGUCUCUGUGCCCAAGAAGAGUAGUGUUGAGCUGGAUGGGACGGUUGUCUGGUCGGCAUCCUCCUCGGAUCAGACCCAGUCCGAUGGUGUUGAGGUUCAGCAGAAUGGGGACUUGAUCACACUGGUCGGGGUGUCAGCUGGUCAGCAUACUGUUGUUGCUAAGUGA